AUGCGCGGCCGCGGGCAUCCCAAGAUGAAUGCCUGCCAGGGUGCAUUUCAUGCAGGCGACAUGUUCAUGCCCUGGUUCUUGUUCGACAUGCACACACCCCUCCCCGGUCGAAUCUGCAGCAAGAGGGCCACCGAGACUUAUUGCUUCGGCCAAACAGACACAACACACGGUCAACCAUGGUUCAUCUUGAACACUUUUCCCCCAGACCUAGUUAGCGCCCUGCCUAGCAAAAAGAACUCCACCAACCGCGAUAACCAAACGUUCCCAACUAGUUAG